AUGCCUCUAGGUGCUGGCGCUGACCCAGUGCCUGCCGAGGACGAUCAGCCCAACUCGUCAACGAUGCUCGCCGCUAGCAUCGGGUACCGUGCGAUGCUUCAACGCCUACGGCUUGCCAUGCCGCCCCAGAGCCAGGCGAAUGACGCUCGUUCAUCCAUGGCUGUCUUGCCGCAGCCGCAGCCGCAACGCACGGCCAAGCCGCCCUUGUCGAUGUUCUCUUGGGCUCGUGGGACGGUUCGUCUGGCAAUCAACCACGACGGCCCAGAGAAGCAGAACAACACCAUCAGUUACGGCAGCCCCACCGGCCCAGGCGAUCAUAACAGCCCCGUCCUUGCAGCUGCCCUAGCAGUCACAGCGGCGCGAGCAGCCAUGGCGCCUUGGGCAGGUAUUGGAAGCCUGGUAGUCACACCCGCGGUCACGGCAGUCCGAGAAGUUUCAGCAGUCACAACAUUCGCAGCAAAUUCAAUGGUCCCGGUAUACACGGCAUCCAAGCAGCACCGGCAGCCAGGGCAGCUCUGCAAUCCGCAAUGGCACGAGCAGUCAACUCGGCCUGGGUAG